UUUUUUUUGAUCUCUUUUUUUUUGGUACUUGAUCUUUUUUUUUAGUUCUUCUCUCCUUUUGGGUACAAAACAACUUUUUUUUUUAGUUGAAAAAAAAAGUAUGUCGAACGCUUCAUUAAAUGCAAACGGUAAAGUUCCUUCAACAGAAGGACGCGAUCCUGCCUAUUUUUCGUAUUAUGCCAUGCUCCAGCAUCAGCAAAAUAUGCUUCAAGAUACAGUACGAACUUCCACUUACCGUUCGGCAAUACUUUUGAAUGGUCCUGUAUGUUUCCAUGAUAAACUGGUCUUAGACGUUGGUGCUGGUUCGGGUAUUCUAUCAUACUUUGCGGUUCAAGCUGGAGCGCGUAAAGUAUAUGCCGUUGAAGCUUCAAAUAUGGCCGAGAAAAUGCAAAAAAUUGUCGAUGCCGCUAAUGCUUCAGGAAAUGAAGUCCCGGGAAAGAAUGCUUUCUUAAAAGACAAGAUUGAAGUUGUUCAAGCCAAAAUUGAACAACCGAAUCUUCCGAUUCCUCAAGUGGACACAAUUAUUUCUGAACCUAUUGGAGUUUUGUUGAUCCAUGAGAGAAUGCUUGAAAGUUAUCUUUAUGCUCGAGAUCAUUAUUUAAAACCUGGGGGAACACUUUUUCCUUCAACUGGAUCAAUAUUUCUUGCUCCUUUUACAGAUGCUGGUUUAUGGAGUGAGACUAUGGGUAAAGCCAGAUUCUGGGAACAACAAUCUUUUUAUGGUGUAGAUUUAACUGCAGUAUAUGCUGAUGCCAAAGAUGAGAUGUUUGGCAUGCCGGUUGUUGGAGGAUUUGAUCCACGUACCUUAAUUGCGCCAGCUAAUCCUGGUGGAUAUCUUGUUGAUUUUUAUACAAUAACAUUAGAAGAAUUGCGAGAUUUCACAAUACCAUUUAUUUGGCAAGCAUCAUACACGGGAAUUAUUCACGGUAUAGCAGGAUGGUUUGAUUUACAAUUUUCACCACCGGCCACAAUACAGAACGGUAACCCAAUUACUAUGACAACAAAUCCAACAGCAGAAAGAACACACUGGCAGCAAGUUAGAUUCUUGUUAAAAGAGCCAUUAGCGGUUAAUGCGGGGCAGACUAUACAAGGGUGGAUGAGAUGUAUUGUAAACGAAAUGAGAUCAUAUACUAUAGAAGCUGAAAUAUUAUUGAAUGACGGUACUAGUCAAUUGUCAGAUCCAUUAUCGUCUCCAUCACCUAUACUUAAUUUAGAUUAUAAUAGAAGAAGAAAUAAAUGGAGAUUACAUGAACAAACUUACAAUUAUAGUUAUUAUCCACAAACUGGUAACGAUAGUAUUUUUAGACCUGAAUAUAGUUGUUUAUAUGAGCCCGAACAACCUUUAGAUGUUACUGUUGUAGUUGAAAAUAAUCUGUUGGAUGAUGCUACUAAUAAUGGUCAAUUUGUUCUUUAACUUUGCGAAAAUUUUUUUGCAAAAAAUUGAAUUUGAUGUUACCUAUAUAGAAUUGUUAUUUUAAGGAAGAAUUAGAAAUAAUAUUUUUAUUAU